CUUGCCUCAACUUUAGGGUUCUUCGUCGAUAUGGAGUUUUGUGGCGACAGUGCGACGCGCGCUUGUACUGCCGGCGCUCUCGAUUGGAAAUGCGGGCCAGCUCGCCGUGGAUCUCUUGAUUUCGACGUAUGGAAUGCCCAGGUGUACGUGGAUUCUGCUAGUGACUUGCAACAGCAAUCGCCUCUUGUCAAGGGCUCCACGCUUAAGUUUGCCGAGAAUCUGGCCGACUGGGCGAAGAGUGAGGGAUUUGAAAACGUCGUCGUGCUAUCCGGCUUGGACUCGGAAAAGAGACACCUUCUCCACAACGCUGGGCCUCAAGUUUACUAUCAAACCAGCGCCAGCGAAGAUGGCAAAGACGAGCUGUGCGAGAGACUAGGCUGGCUGGACGUGAAACAAUCCGGUCAGCACACCGAGCCCUUCGAGUUUUCUGUGCUGAGAGAUGCGAUGGAUGGUAGAGUCGGAGAGCAUGACCAAGACUACCUCUCACGGCUGCUGGUUACUGCUCUGUUCACGUCCUUCAAGAAAAGAGGCUUGAAAGUUCUGUCAGUGCUGAGCUACUGUGCCAAAGGAGAUAACAUCCCAGAUGCUACCAGUUUAGCUAUUAUAAGCUACUCAAUAAGUGUAGUGUAUAUGAUCAUCAGUUGAUAUUUGGAUAUACUAUCAUCACGGAUUUUUGAAACAUUGUGAUAAAAUAAGUAUUAAAAACUUUUUUAUUAAGUAA